UUUCGUUAAUGUCAUUUCAGUAUACUUCAUCAGCGGAAAAUUUGAAUACUUAUGUCAUAUUUGAAGUAACCGGCUUAAGCACUUUUUAACAGAAAGUGGUAAAAUAGUUAAUAAUUUAAUAAAUAACAACAUUGAUAAUAUUUGUGCAGUGGCUUUUGCAAUUUUUUAUUUAUUGCAAAAUUUCUUAAAAACGUGCUGUUAUCAGAACUGCGAAAAUGUUGGACUUCCUUAAGUUUUGCAAAUCGUUAGCUAAAAAUAAUGUUGUUCAUAUUGAUAACUUCGUGUUCAAGUUACAUUAUCGUUUAACAGUAAUUGUACUUGUUGUAAGUUCAGUUCUAAUUACGACCAAACAAUUUUUCGGUGAUCCCAUCGAUUGCGAAAUGGACGGCACAUUCAAUAAUAUGUUCGAUACGUACUGUUGGAUUUACAACACUCAUAUAAUAAAAAACACUCUAGAAAAUGAAAUUCUACCAGGAUUGGGCAACUAUCAUGACCAUAUAAAAACAGAAACACCAGAGGCAGCAGAUUCAGAUGAGGGUAUUAUAAAACAAAAAUACUACCAGUGGAUCUGUAUCGUACUUGCUCUGCAAGCUCUUCUCUUUUAUACACCACGCUAUAUCUGGAAAAACUGGGAAGGGGGUAGACUUAAAAUGCUAGCCAAAGAUUUAGGAGGACCUUUACUUACUUCAAACUGGGAUCAAGAAGCUAAAGAUAGACUUAUAAAUUAUAUUGUACAUGGGAAAGAUUGCCACAAUGUUUAUGCCAUAAGAUUUCUUUUUUGUGAACUUUUUAACUUAAUUAAUGUCGUUUCCCAAAUUGUAUUAACAAAUUGGUUUCUUAGUGGCCAGUUUUCAGGACUGCAUGUUUUUACUGAUCUGAUGAACGGGGAAGAUCCGCUGAAGAUGGUAUUCCCCAAGUUAGUAAAGUGCACAUAUAACAGUUAUGGUUCCUCAGGCAGUAUACAAAAGAGAGAUGCACUCUGUAUUUUGCCACUGAAUGUUUUUAACGAAAAACUUUACCUUAUCAUGUGGUUUUGGUUCUACUUCUUGUCGCUCCUUUCUGCUGUAGCAUUGCUCUAUCGUCUUCUGUUCUUUUGCGUUCCUUUUAUACGCGUUUACCUUUUAAUGGCCCGCACCAAGUAUGUAACAAAAGGAAUAGCGAGGAUUAUUGUCUAUCAGAUUUCUUUUGGCAAUUGUUUCAUUCUGUACCAACUGGGAAAUAAUUUGAAUCCCAUUGUAUUUAGGGAACUUAUUAUGGGCAUAUGUAAUUAUCUGCAAUCCAACAAAAAGCAUCAGAGCCUGAGCGCCGAAAUUACGUUUCCCAUUUAAAUGAAGAAAAUGAAACUAUUUAAUAUCUUGUACUGUUUUGAAGUGUGGAGAAGUUCUAGAGUUAAUAAUCAAAGGGAGCGAGGUUGAUAACAGUAUGAAAAUGACUACCAUACAGGGAUUUUAAUAGGUUUUCUAAAAAGUUAGCUUUAUUAUGUUUUUUAUCGUUUCUUGUACUUAUUCUAAAAACUUAUAACAUUUAUAAUUAGUCGAAUAGUUAAACUUUAUUACUUUGGAGAACAAUUGUGACCGUUUUUCGCAUUUUUUUGUAUAGCAGGAAAAAAAUAGCAAAGGUGCCCUAAAUGGCUAUUUUUGACUAUUAAAAUAAUUGCGUUCAGAGCGACUCUAAAUGUUAUAAAAAAUUAUGAUAAGCAUAAGAAACAAAGAAAAAGAAAAAUACUUUUAACAGAUCAGGGCCUUUUCUGUUUCCAAAAUGAAUGUCUGACCUGUCCAAGAUAAAGGUUUCGUAUAUUUUGAUAAAAAGUAUCAUACUUAUGCUGUUUCAAGAAGUUUAUGUUUUAUGUUUUCUAGUUUAAAUUGUUAUUUUUGUGUUUUGCUAGUGUUAAGGAAUUAGAAAGAAAUACUGUUUCCUUUGAGGUGCUAAAGUUACCUAUGAUGUGAUGGUCUUAAUACUUAAGAAGAAAAAAAUCAUUUCUUUUAUACACAUAUAUAUAUUAAUAAAUAAAAUUAUUAAUGUAGCCACUGCCAUAUACAUUCAGUAUUACUUGGAGUUUUCUUAGCAAAUGUUCUGUUUUGAUAUAUAUGUUACGUUUAUAUUUUUGAAACUAUAAUAAAGUUUUGUAUUUUUGCAAUAUUUUUUUGUUUACAUCAAACCACUUAAAAUAAGAUUUGUACAUUUAUUAAAUAAAAAAACAUGAUAAUUAUGUCUUUACAGGCUGGUACUGUUGGCUUAUAAGGAUU